CGCCGGAUGAUGACGUAACUCCACAUGAUCUUAUUUUCUGUUUAUAGCAGACUCCGGAAAUAAUUUCAGACAUAUCCAUACCAGAAGGAUAAAUUGGAAGAGUUGGUAUGGAAAAAACAAUGGUUUAUUAAUUCCGAAAGGAGACCAUGCAGCCUCUGAGAGAUGCCGAGCUUGGGGCUUUCACCUUCUUCGCCUCUCCUCUUCCUCAUGAUGUGUGUGGCAGUAACGGUCUCCCUCUGACCCCCAACUCCAUCAAGAUCCUGGGCAGAUUCCAGAUCCUGAAAACCAUCACACACCCCAGACUGUGUCAGUACAUCGACAUCUCCCGAGGAAAACAUGAAAGACUCGUCGUCGUCGCCGAACACUACGAACGCAGCCUCAAGGAUCUUCUCAAACAAGACAAAGCUAUCAGUUCGGAGCAGGUUCUGCAGAUUGCCUACGAGGUGUUGGAGGGACUGGCAUUUAUUAACAGACACGGCCUGGUCCACAGAACCCUCAGCCCUCAUAACGUGCUCCUGGACUGUAAGGGUAAAGUAAAACUGGCUAAGUUUGGUCUUUAUUACAUGACGGAUCACGGAGCAGAUGUGGAUUUCCCUAUCGGGUAUCCAUCUUAUCUCGCUCCCGAGGUUAUCGCCCAAGGCAUGUUCCAAUCCACUGAUCCCUCCCUCAGCCAGGUCCCUUUACCCUCAGGGCCCAAGACUGACGUGUGGUCUAUGGGGAUGCUGCUGUUUGAGCUCUGUGCUGGCAGGCGGGUUUUACAGAACAUUGAAAUUAGCGAGAGAUUGAAGUUCGUCAUUACCUUAGGAUGCAUGGAUGACAUCGUGACGGUGCUUGCAGAGGAGCACGGAUGCCUGGACGUCAUUAAGGAGCUUCCUGACAAUGUGCUGCUGUUAUUGAGGAAAUGCCUGACGUUUUUGCCUUCGAAACGCCCAACUCCAUCUGAGCUAUUAGAAGACGCCGUGUUUGAGGGAAUCUCGUGCCUCUACACCCCGUAUGAGAGCUCAGUCACUCUGUUCUCCUCCUCACUUCGCUGUGCUCAUCUCCAGAUACCUGAUGACAUCACCGAACUCUUCAAAGGUCUAAAUCUAAUGCCUGUCUCUUUCUUUACACUGUAUUUAUUUCAGCCUCAUUCAAUAGCAUGUCAGAGGGUCCGAAAAAUUGUCAGUGUCACUGUUGUUGCACAUGUGGUGGUGUGUGCAGGGGAUGGAGAGGACAACCUGUCUGAGAGAUCUGUGGAUGAAGUUUAUCACCUGUGGUGUCUGGCAGGAGGAGACCUAGAGAAGGAACUCACAAACAAGGGCAUCAUCCAGUCCAAACCUCCAGUCUGCACCCUCCCCAAUUUCAUUUUAGAAGAUGGCGAGACGUUUGGUCAGGGCAGAGACCGAAGUUUCCUGCUGGAUGACACCACUGUGACGCUAUCCCUGGGUCAGCUCAAAAACAGGCUGAAGGAUGUAGCAGGAGAGGCUUAUUACCCGCUGCAGGAGGAUGAACAGUCCUGUCUGCCUCAGUCCAUCAGCAGUAACGAGCUCUCAGCCACCGUCAGCCUUCCUCUCAUUAUCCGAGAAAGAGACACAGAGUACCAGCUUACACGCAUCGUACUGUUUGACAGGCUCCUCAAGGCCUAUCCAUACAAAAAGAACCAGUUGUGGAAGGAAGCCAGGACAGAUAUUCCUCCUCUUCUCCGAGGAUUGGCCUGGGCUGCUUUACUGGGAGUCGAAGGCGACAUUCAGGCCAAGUACGACUCCAUUGAUAAGGACACGCCCAUCCCCACGGACAGACAGAUCGAAGUGGACAUCCCACGGUGUCAUCAGUACGACGAGCUGCUCUCCUCACCCCAGGGUCACAUCAAGUUCCGGAGAGUUCUGAAGGCGUGGGUCGUGUCCCAUCCCGACCUUGUGUACUGGCAGGGGUUGGAUUCACUCUGUGCCCCGUUCCUGUAUCUGAACUUCAACAACGAAGCACUUGCGUACGCCUGCAUGUCCGCCUUCAUCCCCAAAUAUCUCUACAACUUCUUUCUAAAGGACAAUUCGCACGUCAUACAGGAGUACCUGACUGUUUUCUCCCAGAUGAUAGCUUUCCAUGACCCCGAGCUCAGCAACCACCUCAACGAGAUCGGCUUCAUACCAGACCUGUAUGCCAUUCCGUGGUUCCUGACAAUGUUCACUCACGUCUUUCCCCUGCAUAAGAUCUUCCACCUAUGGGACACACUGCUGCUGGGCAACUCCUCGUUCCCGUUCUGUAUCGGAGUGGCGAUACUGCAGCAGCUGCGUGAUCGCCUCCUGGCUAACGGCUUCAACGAGUGCAUCCUCCUCUUCUCCGACCUUCCCGAGAUAGAUAUUGAACGCUGUGUUCGGGAAUCUAUCAACCUGUUCUGCUGGACUCCCAAGAGCGCCACGUAUCGGCAGCACGCCCAGCCACCUAAACCCAUCAGUGAUGGCAAUGGCUUUGGAAAGACUACAGCAUUCUACUCAUCAGAUUAUCAAGACCUAUCAAGCACAGACCUGUCCCGUGAGCCGUUGAAACUCUCCGAGCUGAAGGCUGAAGUAUCACCACGGAUCUCCGCUGAGGAUCUGAUAGAUCUGUGUGAGCUGACUGGUCCGGCUCAAUUCAAGACUCCUGUAAAGAGACCCAAGGCGGUCAAAACCAAGAUCGUGGCAGUAGACAUCCGGAGCAACGAGGACUUCUGCCGUGGUCACAUCCCAGGCAGCAUUAACGUUCCAUACAGCUCGGUGUUUGGACCAGAUGGAGAGCUGCUGCAGUGCCCCAGCACCAACACGCUGGCCAGCUAUAAGAGCAGAGUCGUCGUCAUCCUCAGCAACAUCACCAAGAACUCAGCCGCUUUUGCUGCUCACUUGGUGAAGGUGAAUUUUCCUCGUGUGUGUGUCCUGGAUGGCGGCAUCAACAAGAUGAAACCCACCGGCCUUUUAACUGUGCCUUCUCCACAGAUCUAAACCUGUGUGUGUGUCUCUGUCAGUGUCUGUGUGUCUGUGUUUGUGCAUGUGUGUGAGUGUAUAAACAUGUGUGUAUGUGUGUGUGUCUGCGUGUGUGCGCGCACGUCAGUCAUUUUUUUAAUCAUGUAUUGAAUGUGGCUUGAAUAUGACCAUCUUAUGUUUGAUCUUAAAUUUCACUAUUAAUGUCUACAUCUAUAUAAACUAUGAGGGCAUUUCACUGUAAAAAAAAGAAAUAGAGUUAGAUAUAGAUACAUUUAGUAUGAUGUCUUGUACAUGUACACUGUAAAAUCACCCAUAAUGCAGUCGAUUCUCUCCAGACAACUGAGCUGAAAGCUCUUGCUCUCGGACCAGUUUGGUGCUGCUGGGAUUUGAACCCAACUGGUUUGUAACCCAGUCAGCUGAGGUGGGCUGGUGCUGGUGUGUCACUGGCUGUGAGCUCAAAUCCCAGCAUCACAACUGUACUUUAUUACCGUUUACAGAAAUUACAGUUGUUUUCUAUCCUUUACUAGCUUCCAUUGUACAGUAAAAAAACUUUUCAGUGUUCAUCAUGUCAUCAUUUAACAUCGACCGUAAUAAAGGAUCAAUGAAACCUUU